AUGGCUCGCCUCUCGUCUGCCCUCGUGAUGGGUGUCAUGCUCGCCAUGAGUGGUGUCCUCAUUGCCACCCCUGCCUCAGCCAAGCCUGUUCACGGCUCGAAGCUCGACCUCCAGGUCGAAGCCGCUCCUUACAGCAAGCGCAACCUCGAAGACUCGAAGCAUUCAAGCCCCGAACUCGAGCGUCGCACUUUUGGUCUUGUUCCUGCUGCUGUCGGCCUUCUUGGCGGUGGCCAUGGCGUUGGUGCCGAUGCUGAUGUCAAUGUCGGCAUUGGUGGUCUCGCCGGUGCAAAUGCUCACGUCGGCGUCGGCGAUGGUGGUGGCCCUCGGGGAUAUUAUGGAUACCCCUACCGUGGCUACCCGUACAAACACCAUUCUUAUGGCGGCUAUCCUUACCCUGAACCUUAUGAGCCUUACGGCACCGGAUACUACCCUCGCAGUGGAUCUGGUGGUCGUGGCGGUCGUGGCGGUCGUGGCGGACCCGGCGGUCCUGACGUUGACGACGAUGGUGAUGAUGAUGAAGGCUACGAUCAGCCUCGUGGCGGCUAUGGUGGAUCCGGAGGUCGUGGCGGCUAUGGUGGAUCUGGAGGUCGUGGCGGCUAUGGUGGAUAUGGAGGUCCUGACGGCUAUGGAGGAUCUGGAGGUCGUGGCGGCUAUGGUGGAUAUGGAGGCCCUGGUGGCUAUGGUGGAUCUGGAGGUCGUGGCGGCUAUGGUGGAUCUUACGGUGGCUACAAACACCAUGGCGGUUGGUCUAGCAGCCCUCCUGAAAGCUAUGGCGGUGAGGGUGGCAACGGUGGAAACGGUGGCAAUGGUGGCAACGGUGGCAACGGCGACUACAAACACCAUGGCGGUUGGUCUAGCAGCCCUCCUGAAAGCUAUGGCGGUGAGGGUGGCAACGGUGGCAACGGUGGCAACGGUGGCGAUGGUGGUUCUGGCGGUCCUGGCGGUCCUGGUGCUCCUGGCGGCAAUGGCGGUAACGGGGGCAACGGGGGUAACGGAGGCAAUGGCGGAAAUGGUGGCAACGGUGGUCGCGGCGGCGACGAGGACGACUGCUGA